AUGAAUAUAUUCGCUACGCUGGACCCGGCAGUAAAGAAAUUGCUGGGUUGGAAAUUAGGCGAUGAGGAAGAGAAAUGGGCCUUCAAAGCGGUCGAAUCAUUAGUCAAGAAGCUGCGAAAGAAGAAAACAGGGGUCGGAACGGUCGAGGACCUCGAAUUCGCUUUGUCCCAUCCCGGUGUCAGAAGCAAAUGUGUUACCAUACCACGAUCUCUUGAUGGAAGACUCCAGGUGAGGGUUUCUCGUUAUUACAUUACGAUUUUAGGAAAAUACUAACCUUUUUACUUAAAAAUACUUUGAAAUUCACAUAAAGUCUAUCAAAAACAUACUCUUCUUUUCUCAUUACUUUUUGACCGUCUAAUCCUGCCUAGUCAUAUCAAAAAAUGCCCUUUUAAUAUUUCCUUUAAAAAUUCAAAUGCUGCAAAAAUUAAAUUCAAACUUCAGGUAUCUCACCGUAAAGGUCUACCCCAUGUUAUCUACUGCAGAGUAUGGCGAUGGCCCUCCAUCCAAUCCCACCAUGAAGUCCGCCCUAUAUCUGAAUGCAGGUAUCCGUACGACAGUCGCGGAGACAACAUAUGCAUAAAUCCUUAUCACUAUCAACGAGUAGAUCAACAACCGUCAUCAUCAUCAACACUGAUGCAGUACCAAGCCCCCUCCAUGUCACAGAACUACAUUCCUCCUUUCACUUCAACUCCAAUCAGAAUCACAAACAAUCACGAGCUACACAGUAACUACGAGACGGCAGAGGCCAUGGAAGUACAGUAUCCCUCACCGUACUCGUCGUCUACCACUAUACAAUCUCCCAUCAACAGUAGCUCCAUCGCCUCUCCAUCAGCUUUAAGCGACGAUGACGACUUCACGAGCUUCCAAACUAAUGUAGACAAGAUCGCCGAAGGUCCUCACAGCUGGCACGAGCCAAACUACUGGUGUACUAUAUGUUACUACGAAUUGAAUUCUCGCGUCGGAGAGCCGUUUAAGGUAUACUUAAGCUAACAUAGAUAGUAGUAUGCUAUUAAUAUGUGAUAAUUGCCCAAAGUGAACUCUGACUUAAUCCUAAAUUACAUAUUAGGUUUCGUAGAACGCUACCUAUAAUUACACUACGUAACACUAAGCUCAGUUAAUCAAAAGACAAACAGCUAACUUAUACCUAAACUUUAGAUGGCAUGCAACAAUGUUGUAGUCGACGGCUUCACGGACCCGAGCCAAGAGGAAGGCCGCAUCUGCCUGGGGCUCCUCUCCAACGUCAACCGGAACAUAACCAUAGAGAACACGCGUCGUCACAUUGGCAAAGGUAAUUGUGUACAAGACGGUCAAACUCGUUUCAGGCGUCCGCUUCGUAUGUACAAAUAAUUGUGUUACCGUAUUCAACUUCUCCCAGUCCCCGGUAUUUGUGCAGUCCCGGAACAGUAAUUUCAAAUACAAUUUACAAUCGACAGCCGUCUGUCGCGUCCCUUCCGACUCCAACAUGGUCGUAUUCGACUAUCAGUUGUUCCUCGGAGUAAGUCGCGUAAACAAUAUCAAGCAAGUAAAUAUAGUCAGUAACACAAAGUACUAUAAUACAGAUCUGAUAACUUUCUCCUAAUGUCUUUACCUUUAAAAAAAGAAAGAAUUAGUGGAUCUACCUAGAACAACACCAUCUUAACUUAACACUAUUCAGAUGCUCGACAAAGCAAAGACCGAAGGAUACCAACAUGUUUACGAACUCCAAAAGAUGUGUUUUAUCAGAAUGUCGUUCGUUAAGGGGUGGGGAGCUGAUUACCAUCGUCAAGAUGUAACUUCUACUCCGUGUUGGACAGAAAUACAACUCCAUCAACCUUUGGCGGUAAGAACAAUAUUUACAACCACUUAAUAAAACAUAAAAAUCCUACUAACUCACAUGAAUAUCUAAAAAAAAUAUGAUUUCAGUGGAUCGACUCUGUGAUAUCUCGAAUGGACCCUCCAGAUCAGAACAACAUCACUUCUGUUUCGUGA